CUGUUGUAUAGAUAAUCUACCCAUGUGGUGUUUUUCUGAUAUGUCGAUCUCUGUCGUAUCCGAGAAUAUCAUGUGCAAUUUUAUUUCACCCAUUCUCACAAUUUUUCGUGCAUUUUGUGAAUUUCGUUCGUUCAUGGUUGAACGCACCUCAUAGUUAAAAUUGACAUGCCUGAACACGGGAAAAGUGUGGAAAUGCAGGCAAUAGUCAGAACGCAACAUUUUGUAGAAAUGUAUUGAUAAACGAGAAAGUUAUAAGGACAUAAAUGGUGCACACUUAUAAGAUUUGUUAAGUGUAUGUAGACAAGAUGAUUGCCGAAUCAUUAAUCCACUCAUAGUUUGAAGUGGACAUUUCCGAUAAACAGGAAAUUAGAAAUGAUGAUCCUGCUGAAAUAAAUAUUGUCGGCCAGUUACAGUACUCAUUUUGACAAUGGAUACAGCAAGCCAACUAACGGAGGAUAAACUUCUCGAAGAGAAUCUUAGCGCUUCUGACGAGUACUAUGAUUUUACGUGUACACCGUGUACAAAAGAAAAGCGAAAUAUACAAGCGAAGAAAUAUUGUGUGGACUGUAAGAAUUAUUUAUGCGAAAACUGUAUAAAGCAGCACAAUAGGUUUGGCUUGAUGAAAAAUCAUCGCGUCGUGGAUAAAACUGAAGCAAAACGAUACAAGAGUAACGUCGUACCAAGUGACGUUGUACCGAGUGACGUCAUACCAGUGCAGACAUGUGACGCCCAUAUCGGAAAACUUCUUGACAUGUACUGUGAGAUCCAUGAGGAAGUUUGUUGUGCUGCAUGCGCAGUCAUUUAUCACAGCGGGUGUAAGGGAAUGGUGUAUUUGCCAAACGUCGUCAAGAAUUUCGCAGACGACAAACAUAAUUUUAAGGACAUAUUUGAUAAACUUGAUGUAUGCCGAAUGAAUACUGCGAAACUAAAGCUAGCAAGACUUAAACACAGCGAAAUAUUCGAAUGUUCGAAGAAAGAUAUAAUCGAAGAAGUAAAGUAUAUGAAGAAACGAGUCGAGAAGCACUUUAGUAAUCUUGAGAAUACAUUAAUAAUGGCAAUUGAACAGGAGAAGUACACAAUGGAAAGCUGUUAUUGAUACUGAUGUAAACGAUUUGGAUGACGUCAUAGCACAGAUUAAACACCAGAAAGAAAACUUGGAGAAGUUGAGUGAAACAGACAAUGUCGCUUCGUUGUUUGUACAAACGAGAAUAGCGAAUAAAUGCAUUGAAGAAUCAGAAAAAGUUGCGAAACUUAUUGAGACUAAAACUGGUAGGAACAUUUACUUUCUACCAAACAGAGAAGUAAAUAGGCUUCUUGAUUUGGCAAUGUUUGGUGAAAUAGUUGAUAACAUACCUGAAUGUAACGGGGAACUAAUAAAUGUUGUUUCAAUCAAGUCGAUCGCAGAAAAAUCUUUGCCCACUUACAGUGGAAUAUGUUCCCUUGAAGAUGGUUCGAAGUUACUUUGUGAUUGGCAAAAUGAAAGUCUAAUGCAUUUAGAUGAGGAUUAUAACAUCGUACAACGCAUCGAGCUGCCUGGCCAACCCUUUGGUAUGUGUGCCAUUGAUUCUACAACCGUCGCCAUCUCGUUUCCGAAACUGAAAGAAGUGCAUUGUGUUUCAGCCGAAAAUGAAGUGCAUCUGACUUCUUCUUUUCACACUCAAUCACAAUGUCGUGGUAUUGCGUACGCAAACGGGCUAAUAUAUGUUGCAUGUGGUGAAUGGAAAACAGACAAAGACACCAAGAGUCACAUCGCUGUCUACAGCAUUUCCGGUGAACUUCAAAGCUUCCGGUGUGAUCAGCAUUUUUCUCAGCUGGGACACAUUGCAAUAUAUGGUUCCCGGCUUUACGUCACUGACUGUCAUAACGGCUUACUCAUAAUGGACGAAAAUGGCGAUGUUUCAAAGAUAUUUACACAUAAGCACAUGAAUAAUCCACUUGCAGUUUGUGCUGGACACGGGAACCAGCUGUUUCUCGGCGGCUGGAGUUCACAUAACAUAAUGCUGCUAAAUAACGAGGCACAGUUAUCAAAAGUACUGCUAAGUCAACAAAAUGGGGUCAAGAACAUUCACAGUCUGUUCUUUGAUAAGAUGAGAUUACAGCUUAUAUACACGAUGCGUGAUUCCCGCAAAAUCAAAAUUUAUGCUCUUACCUACUGAACAUAGGUAGACGAAGGUAAAGCAUCUCUUUGACAAAGAAAAAUAAAGUUAUUCUUUGUCCCCA